AAGAAGAAGAAGAUGUCUCCUCUUCUUGCCCAUCUCAUCUUCUACCUACUCCUCUUGACGGUGGUUACCGGAGAAAUUCUCCGACCAAGAUUCUACAGCGAAACAUGCCCUGAAGCUGAGACCAUAGUAAGAAGAGAAAUGAAGAAAGCCAUGAUCAAAGAAGCAAGAAGCGUCGCUUCCGUUAUGCGUCUCCAAUUUCACGACUGUUUCGUCAAUGGAUGUGACGCAUCUCUGUUGCUUGACGACACACCGAACAUGCUCGGUGAAAAACUAGCGCUUUCCAACAUCAAUUCGCUGAGAUCUUUCGAAGUUGUCGACGACAUUAAAGAAGCUCUAGAGAAAGCUUGUCCCGCUACUGUUUCUUGCGCCGACAUCAUCAUCAUGGCUUCUCGCGACGCCGUCGCUCUAACAGGAGGACCGGAUUGGGAAGUGAAGCUAGGGAGGAAAGACAGUUUAUCAGCGAGUCAGAAAGAUUCAGACGAUGUAAUGCCGAGUCCAAGAGCAAACGCAACUUUAUUGAUCGAUCUGUUCAAAAGAUUCGAUCUUUCAGUCAAAGACAUGGUGGCUUUAUCUGGGUCACACUCGAUCGGUCAAGGUCGGUGUUUCUCGAUCAUGUUCAGGCUUUAUAACCAAUCCGGGUCUGGUAAACCGGAUCCAGCUCUCGAACCGGUUUACAGGAAGAAGCUGAACAAGCUCUGUCCUCUGGGUGGAGACGAGAACGUGACCGGAGAUCUGGACGCGACGCCGCAGGUUUUCGAUAAUCAGUACUUCAAAGACUUGGUCUCAGGGAGAGGGUUUCUCAACUCUGAUCAGACUCUGUACACGAAUGGAGAGACGAGAGAGUAUGUGAAGAUGUUCAGUGAGGAUCAAGCAGAGUUCUUUAGAGCUUUUCAAGAAGGGAUGGUGAAGAUGGGUGAUUUGCAAUCUGCGAGAUCUGGUGAGGUUAGGUUUAAUUGUAGGGUUGUUAAUAGAAGGCCUAUUGGUGGAUUGCUUGAGUCUUGA